GACACUUUAUAAAUGUUAAAUAAUUCUUCAUUAUAAACUUUUAAUUAGUUAAGUACAGUAGUAAUAAUUUAUAAACCCUACAAUAGUACUAGUAUCUUAUAUAUUUAUGUUAAAUGCUCAAAUAUUAAAAUAUAAAAUUGGUAUAGUUAGUAGUGUGUAGUGUUCCACCAUCUUUUUUCAUUUUUAAUUGUCAAACUUAUCCUUAUUUUCCUUAUUUAAGAAGUAGGUAGCCAAAGAGAGAAGCAGGUCAGUUACUGAGCAGAGUUCAGAAAAAAUGGGUUCCAAAGCUCUCUUCUUCUUCGCUUUACUAUCUUUCUCAGCACUUUCAUGUCUCAUCAAAACCUCUUCCGCCUCUGAUAAUCAAAAUGAGCAAGACCCAGGUCUUGUCAUGAACUUUUACAAGGAUUCAUGUCCUCAAGCUGAAGAUAUCAUCAAAGAACAAGUCAGACUCUUAUACAAGCGCCACAAGAACACUGCUUUCUCUUGGCUCAGAAACAUUUUUCAUGACUGUGCUGUUCAGUCGUGUGAUGCUUCAUUGCUGCUGGACUCAACAAGGAGAUCCUUGUCUGAGAAAGAAAUGGAUAGAAGCUUUGGGAUGAGAAAUUUUAGGUACAUUGAGACCAUUAAAGAAGCUGUGGAGAGAGAAUGCCCUGGCGUAGUUUCAUGCUCUGAUAUUCUUGUGCUCUCUGCUAGAGAUGGCAUAGCUUCGGUCAGAGGACCUUACAUUCCUCUGAAAACUGGAAGAAGAGAUGGUCGUAGAAGCAGAGCAGAGAUCCUCGAGCAGUACCUUCCUGACCACAACGAAAGCAUGUCCGUUGUUCUUGACAGGUUCGCCUCCAUGGGCAUUGACACCCCUGGCCUCGUUGCUUUACUAGGGUCUCACAGUGUGGGGCGAACCCACUGCGUGAAAUUGGUGCACCGUUUGUACCCUGAAGUGGACCCAGCACUGAACCCAGACCACGUAGAGCACAUGCUAUACAAGUGCCCAGACUCCAUUCCAGACCCAAAAGCGGUGCAGUACGUGAGGAAUGACAGGGGUACGCCCAUGAUUCUUGACAACAAUUACUACAGGAACAUAUUGGACAACAAGGGGCUUCUUCAAGUGGAUCAUCAAUUGGCCACUGAUAAGAGGACCAAGCCAUAUGUGAAGAAGAUGGCCAAGAGCCAAGCCUACUUCUUCAAAGAGUUCUCUAGAGCCAUCAAAAUUCUCUCCGAGAAUAACCCUCUAACUGGUACCAAGGGUGAGAUUAGAAAGCAGUGUAAUCUUGUCAACAAGCUCCAUUGAGAAUUGAGAUAUCAAUAUUCAAACAUUUCUGGGAGUGAUGAUGAUCAUGGAUAUAUCAAGAUUUCAUGAAUAAGAUCAUGGCAUUUAGUACUACUGUGUUACAGCUAGCUAGCUAGUUAAUUAAGUUAUUAAUUAUUUUCUAAUGUUUAAUUAAGUACUGAUAUAUGUUUGUAUGUAUGUAUGUAUGUAUGAACGAUAUGGUGAUGUUAUUAUGUUAUGUCAAUGUGGGCAAAUGUGGAUUGAACUGUUUUAAUGAUCAUGAUCAGCAUGCUAAAA